GGGAGCAGCGUUACUGCUGAGCAACGGAAGGGGAGAAGGCCGACGCACAGAGCCAGACUGAACUGCUGCAACGGCAGGGCUGGGCUCCUCACACACACACACACACACAUACACACACACCUUCAACAGCAACACACACCAGAAAGGGAAAAGGGAUGGCCUAGCUGUGUUGUGCUGUCAGUGGUCUAUCAGCAGUGAGCUACCUGGACCAGAGCAGGUGUGUACCAGAGGCAGUAGCGCGGUGCAGAGAUGAGUGUGACCUCUUGGUUCCUGGUGAGCAGCGGGGGCACUCGCCACCGACUCCCCCGGGAAAUGAUCUUUGUCGGCCGGGAUGACUGCGAGCUCAUGCUACAGUCCCGCAGUGUGGAUAAGCAACAUGCAGUCAUCAACUACGAGGCUGGGACUGAUGAACACAAGGUCAAGGACCUGGGCAGCCUGAAUGGGACCUUUGUAAAUGAUGUCCGCAUCCAGGAGCAGAUGUACAUCACUCUGAAGUUGGAGGACAAGCUGAGGUUUGGAUAUGAUACCAACCUGUUCACGGUGGUGAGAGGAGAGCUCACUGUGCCUGAGGAGGCUCUAAAGCAUGAAAAGUUCACCAGCGGCCUCCAGCUCAGCAAGAAGCCAUCCAACGGUGAAACCACUACCACCACAACCACAAGCAAGUCUCCCGCAAAGACCCCAACAAAAACACUGAAGUCCCCCAGUGGAGGCACCCUCAGGCUAGGGGAGAGCAGAGCAACAGAUGGAGUCAAACAGCCACCAGCUAAACCUGUGGAUAGUCACAAAGCAGAGGACAGGAUAGGAGGGGAUGUUACAGCACUGCCUCGUGGGACCCCUCUGUAUGGCCAGCCGUCUUGGUGGGGGGAUGGGGAUGCAGACGAUGAGAACUCCUUCAAACAGGAAACCAAGUCAUCCACCAAAAAACAUGACAGCUCCAUGUCAGACAGCAAAGAGUCACGUCGAGGGGAGAAAGCUAAAGAGGACGGCCUUCAUGCGUCCACCGCCCACGAUUCCAGUUACUUUGAGAUCCCUACCAAGGAGGGUCACAUGGCCAAUAACGGCAUCCAUGAGAUUCCCACUAAGGACACGGAGGGCAGCGCCACUCACUCGACUACAGCCCAAGGUCACGCCUCCUUCACCAUAGAGUUUGACAACACAUCUCCAGGGAAAGUCACCAUUAAAGACCAUGUGUCAAAGUUCACUUCUGACCACCACCGAUCUCGCUCCAAGAAGAGUGGGGCAGGAAGUGGAGGCGCAGGAGGGAGGGACUUGAGCACACUUCAAGCGGCUAUGAUGGCAUCAGAGAGCAAGGUGGCUGAUUGGCUGGCCCAGAAUGACCCCACUCUGGUACGCAGCGAGUCGACAGAGGACGACAGCAAGAGCAUCAAGAGCGACGUGCCGGUCCAUCUCAAAAGACUGAAAGGCAGCAAGCAUGAGGAUGGCACCCAGAGUGACUCCGAGAACGGAUUAGGCCUGCGAUUUGCCAACCGCCGCCAUGCCCUCGAGGAACGUCUAAAAGCAGCACACGGCCACGUGGGAGUGGGAGGAGGAGCAGGAGGAGCAGGAGGUGGGAACGUAACAGUGAGCGGGACCCGAACAACCGGCACCCGCACUGCCUUCAUGAUUGAGUUCUACGACGAGGAAAACCCUCGCAAGCGCCGGUCAUAUUCAUUUUCCCAGACUGCACCGUUGCUGGGGGGAGGAGCUGGUGGAGAGGGACUGUGUCCUCAGCCCCCAUCUCACCCCAAGGUGUUCAGCAUUUCCACCUCUGCUACUACAGCCUCAGAUUCAGGUAAAGCCCCAGCUCCAAUACCGGCUACAGUGACUGUGGGUGCCCCUACGGCUGCUCGCGUGCUGCUCAAGCAGAGGUCAGAGGACCCGAGUAUCGGUCGGAGCUCAGCCAGUACCGGGCUGGCGACCGGUAGCCCCACCAGCCCCAGCGAGGACGCCUCGGUUGUGGGGAGAGGAGCAGGGGCUGCAGGAGGAGAGGCAGAGGAUGACCAUAGCGAUAAGGGGACUUACACUAUCGAACUGGAGAACAGGAACCCAGAGGAAGAGGAGGCCAGGCGCAUGAUAGACAAGGUGUUUGGUGUUCAGCAGAACCAAGAUUCCUCAGCUCUGUCAGACCUGAAAGGAGAAGGAAAAGGAAAGGAGACAGGAGAGACAGGGAAAGAGGCACUUCCUGGUGACUCGAGCUGGGUCUCUCAGUGGGCCAGUCUAGCUGCCAAUCACACCAGGACAGACCCAGAGGGAUCGGGAGCAGAGACAGCCACUUUCCUGCACAAAGAGAGAGGAGCUGAUGCCUUUGAGUCUGGUGCAUCCCUCAGCAGAGGUGAAUCCUCCUCCAGUCUGACAGACCGUAAGCGAAGGACCCUCCCCCAGCUCCCUGCGGAUGACCCCCGGGCUAAAUCCAGCACCAAAGCUCUGAGGUCUGAGAUUGGUGAGAAGCAAGACACUGAGCCACAGGAAAAAGAGAACAAGGGAGACGGGGAGUCCCCAACUCCCAUGGAGGGUAGUGAGAUGACCAGUAAACGGAAACAAAGCUCCACUUCCUCUCCAUCCAAGGCUCCUCUCCGGACCUCUGGCAGCAGUGAGCGAAGGAAGAGGUCAGAGGAGAGGAAAGGAGGAGGAGGAGGAGUUGAAGCAGGAGAGAAGUCUGGGAAGCCUCUAGUGCGCCAGGGCAGCUUCACUAUUGAGAAACCCAGCGCUAAUGUCCCCGCAGAGCUCAUCCCACGCAUCAACAGAGGCGGCAGUGGGCGCGAACGCAGUGACUCUGUGGGCAGCAUGGAUACUGCUACGCUCCUGAAAGACACUGAAGCUGUCAUGGCAUUCCUGGAGGCCAAACUAAGAGAUGAAAACAAACUAGACCAGAAAAUCAGUAAAACUGGCAUCACCACUCAGGGUUCAGGUUCUGGCUUCCCCCUUCGGACUGACUCCAUCUCACCUGAGUCAGAUGUGGACACGGCCAGCACAGCUAGUCAUGUGGCCGGAGAGGCAGACAGGAAAGCCGCACCUGGUGGUGUACAAAAACGACGUUCCCUCAGCAGCAUGCACCGGGAGAAGAGCAACAUGAGCACAGCUUCCAAGACCAGCGUCACGAAUGCAAGCGCCCGUGAGCGUUUGGAGAGAAAGACUAAAACAAGAACUGCAGAUGCGACAAGCCGGACUGAUGCACGCCGCUCUGUUCAGCCGUCCUCUGCCUCCUCCAGAGCACGCCAGCCUUCACUGGAUCUCACUGAUGAUGACCAGACUUCUUCCUUCCCCAUCUCUGACAUCCUCUCCUCAGACCAGGAGACCUACUCUGGACCGUUGGGGCACUCGGCACAUGGACGCAGCUUAGAUGAUGCCCUCCAUUCCAAACUCGACAGCAGGUCUGCUAAGAACUCCACCAGUGGUUCCUCCAAAACCAGCCGCACUCUCCAGGCAGCCACAGCCGCCUCCCUGAGCAAGCAGGCGUCACUGCCUCAGCCACGGCCAACAAGAGCCUCCCUUCUUCGCCGCGCCCGGCUGGGAGACACAUCUGACACGGACCUCGCUGAUGCUGACAGGGUGUCUGUAGCUUCUGAGGUGUCCACCACCAGCUCCACCUCUAGGCCCCCAUCUGGUCGGAAGGGAUUGUCACGGCUGGAUAUGCUGGCUCAGCCGCGUAGAAACCGUCUGGGCUCCAUCUCAGCCCGCAGUGACUCAGAGUGCACAAUGACCCGGAGCUCCACCUCUUCACCCCGCCUAUCAGCUGAGACCGCUCUGCGUCUGGGCCUGCGCUCAUCAACACCCACAGAGAACAGACUGACACCCAGGAUGAGGGCCAGCAGUGUGUCCAAACUAAAUGAGACCAAGACAAAGACCACUACAUCUGGAUACUGCUCGCCCACAGAGAGCUCUCAGCCCGAACCUGAGGGCGGGGAUGCAGAGGAAGAGAUGAUGGUGUCCAGUAGCAGCAGAUGGAGACGUCUGCCGCCAGAGUAUGGCUCCACCUCAGAGGAAGAGUUUGGCUCCAGCCGGAAUUCUCCGAAGCAUGGAGGACGCUCCCAUGUGCGCCCUCAUCACCUCGUCCCACACCGCAGCUCAAGGCUCAGCACCACCGCGAGCCCAGGCUCUGCCGCGUUGACGGGCCCGGGUGGAGUGGGGAUCAAACAUCGUAUGAAAGAGCAAGAGGAGUACAUCAGGGACUGGACAGCACACAGCGAGGAGAUAGCCAGGUUAUUCCCCUGUGUGCGCAGGAUCAGCCAGGACCUGGCUAAGGACUUGGCUAUCUUGGCCCGUGAGAUCCACGAUGUGGCCGGCGAGAUCGACUCCGUCAGCUCCUCUGGCACAGCACCCAGCACCACCGUCAGCACUGCCGCCACCACUCCGGGAUCAGCUAUCGACACCCGGGAAGAGGUAGGCCCUGCACGUUCCACGCAGCCGGACAUACAGGAGAGCAUGAGAAAGUUGGUGGAUCGGGUGUUUGAUGAGAGCCUCAACUUCAGAAAGAUCCCGCCUGUGAUUUCAACCAAUAAGGCACCAGAGAUCAACGGUAAGCCGGUGGAGCUCCGCCCCCGUGCUCCUGACAGUCUGGAGCCCCGAGCUCUGAGGAGACGCACCUGGAACCGAGAGGAGGCGGUGUUGGACAGCCUGCUGCUCAACUCAGUUUCUCAACUGUCCUCUAAGAUCAGACAUUCUGUCGACAAAACCGCAGGAAAAAUCAGGAUUUUGUUUAAGGAUAAGGACAGGAACUGGGAUGAAAUUGAGAAUAAACUGCGAUCGGAAAGUGACAUACCACUUCUGAAAACCUCCAACAAGGAGAUUUCCUCAAUUCUGCUCGAACUGAAGAGAGUUGAGAAGCAGCUUCAAGUGAUCAAUGUCAUGGUAGACCCAGAUGGCACUCUGGAUGCCCUGGCCAGCCUCGGCCUGACCAGCCCCACCACCCCCGCCAAGCCCCAAGCCACCAAAACAACUUCCCCCUCUGCCACCAGCCCUGGAUCUGUACCGCCAGCCAAAGACUCGCUGCCAGAGAUCCUUCCCGGUCCUGGAGGAUCCACACCCUCCACCAGGGUCCAGGCUUCCUCUGCCAGCACAGAGGAAACUGCACGAGACCCCAGUGUGGGUCUGGGGUUAACAGGAGUCGGAGUACUGCCCUUCAACCGCAUGCGGCCGAGCGGAGAGGAGGCCAUUGCACAGAAGUGAGCGUAGAAGUUUCCCUGAAAUCAAGGCUAUGUGAAUAAAUAUGAGUCUGGAUUGGAGUGCAGGUGGCUGGUAAUCAGCAUUGACAACAAGGGGGCAAGUAUAGAAACAUUUAAACUGAUUAGCUGACUAUACCACUUUAGGAUUAUGGAUAUAAUAUGAAGAUAAUUUAGCAAAAGCAUUACCAGACAUGGCCGGAAAUGAAGUGCUUCAACUUUAGACUCACUGGCUGAACCCCAGCUGAUGCAUCAUGGAUAUACCCUUGAAUGGAAAUUGACCCAUGAAUGAUUUGGAUACACGUCUUAUGAGCUUUUCAACCUUAAAGGUCCAGUGUGUAGGAUUCAGUGGCAUCUAGCGGUGAGGUUGCAGAUUGCAACCAAGUGAAUACCCCUCUCCUCACCCCACCCUGUCCAAGCCUGUAGGAGAACCUACGGUGGCCUUCAGGUAACGUAAAAACACGAAGGCCCUCUCCAGAGCCAGUGUUUGGUUUGUCCGCUCUGGGCUACUGUAAAAACAUGACAGUGCUAAAAGGUGGGCUCUGUGGAAGUGGACUCACUCUCUCAUGUAGAUAUGAAAGGCUCAUUCAAAGCUAAUGAAAAUGCAAUUCUUAGUUUCAGGUGAUUAUACGCUUAUGAAAACAUAACUGUAAGUAUUAUAUUCCAUUUCUGCCUAUAGAUCCCUAUAAAUCCUACACACCAGUCCUUUAAACUAUUCAUGCUGACUGGCCAGCCUGACUUCCAGAUGGACUAAAUGCUACCUGGCUGCUCUCUCAGUGGACAGAUCUCUGUGGCUGUACAGUCUCCACUCUUCCUCCAGUCUUCUCCUCUUGCCUUCUCCACGUGUCAGGACCCUACCUACACUAAGGACAUGCCUUAAAACACAUCCGCGAUAGUAGCAGUGUAACCCUUGUCCCUUCAAAUAAUAUACAAGACAACUUUUAAGACUUUAAUACAGUAAUUUCAGAUAAAACAGAAUGCAUUGUAAAAUAACACUUGCAAAAGAUGUUCUAUUUACACUAUGAUGAAAUGCACCACUGCAAUAAUUUAUUAGCUCUUGUUCAGUACAAAGAAUAUUUCAGCAGCCUUAAGUAACCACCUUGACAAACUACACAGUCAUAAACAGACAUGCUUUAUGCCUGAAACAGUUCACAAAUCAAGCAGAAGUUUUAUAUAUUUCAUAACUCUAACUGUCCGUCCAUUGAACCAUCUCUCCAACUGACUCUGUUAAAAAAGAUUUGUAGUGCCUCCCCAUCUCUGUGCUCACCUACCUUUCCUUCACCUAUUAUCUGUUACUCUUCCCUUCCCUUCCUCCCCCUCCCAGAACUUGGAAAAAAUGUUACACCAAGUUUGUCACUUCAGUAGCAUGUACAGGACGGAGCUGAGAGCUUUCUACCUGCCAGUUGGUGUCUGUGUUGAUAUUACUAAUACUGAAUGGUAGUUUACACACAAUAGUAACAGCCUUUGGGAAACCAAUGAUCAUUUUCAGUCAAAGUAAUCACUUACCAAAGUAAACCAUUUUCUUUAUAUUGUCAUUUUCAAACAGUAGAGCCAUCUUGAAAUUCAUCUGUUGUGCAAAAGCUGAUAUAGCAGCAGUUCAUACUGUACGUUUUAGAUGGAAGCAAACUUCCUCUGAGAUUCACCUCUUUCUCUGAAUGUCAAGACCCUUUUUUCUGUCAACAAAUCAAAGAUGCAAAAAGCGUAUUUAUUAUAUUGAGACACUAGUUUAAUCAUUGCUGCCAUACCUUUCUUUGACCCAUGUGACAUGAGCUGUCAGAAUCAGUGCUCUUAGUCUUUUGCUAUAGUAAAUCCACUCAAGUGUCCUAUGAUUUCUAAUUGGCUUUUUUCUACUUUCUUCAGUCGCAGGCAACGUGAUUCUUUUUAAACUGAUGCACUGUACUGAUGAGCAAAGAAAAUAAGUGUGUAAACUAAAUAUUUUAUAAUAUUUAGAUACUGGUAUUGUAGAUGCAACAGACCUUUUCUUUUUAAUGAUUUAGGUCACCUCACAAUAAAUUUCAUUUUCUUUAUCUGUCACUAAACAGAUUGAGCUCAUGUACACACAAAACCUGAACAUUGGGAAAGCUGCUGGAUGUAGUUCAAUUAAUGUCUUGUCAAAAAGAACAUGGGCGACUAACAAAGAGGCCUUUUGUAGUUCAACAUGUUUUCUUUGAGGAACGUCAGUGAGUAGAAAUGAUCACAUCUUGCUCUGUGGAUUUCGCUUGUACUACAGCUUCAUAUCAGUGUAUAUACAGAAGGUGCAACAGGGGAAGUUCCAGCGCCCUGAUCCUGUAGAGCUGCAGACAGACAGUAUAGUUAACCUCUUUCUCAUUGACUUUGCUGCUUUUCAAGUUACUUUAUGGGAACUAACCAUUUUCUGAAUCUCUCUUCACCUUAUAGUCUGUGUUCUAGAGUAAGAUGACUUAAAGGCAGUGUAUUAGUACUUAGAUAUUCUCACAAUAGUGAAUUUAGGUACCAGUAUACAAGUUCACUUCCUUCUCUCUAUACUGUACUGUACAUUAUCUUUCAAUGCCUCCAAGUGCCCAUUUUGACAAUAGAAGGGCAUUGAUUAAAAGAACAAAAAAGAUGUUAGUUGUCUAAAAAAUGAUUUUGCACAUCAGAUUGUGGUGUUUUUUUCAUACAGAAGUAGUGAAGAAGCAGUGAAAGGCUGCAAAUGUCAAAUGGUUUGACAAAGAAUGAUAUCUCUAUGCCUGAUAUCAGAAGUGACUGCCUUGCCUCUCUGGAACUAUUCUGUCUGUGCAAACGAAGCCUCUAAUCGUGUUACUUGUUUGUUUUUUUCCCCCCAUUUUAUCAAAAAAAAGAAACAAAAAAACAAAUGGAAAAAAAACAAUGAAAUUAGGGGACUGUGAAUGCUAGGUACAUGUUUAUUUUUUAAAUUCUACAUUUGUCAUCUGAUUAGUGUCAUUUUUGUAAAGAAAAAAAAACACCAUUUUAUUUAUUUUUGUUUUAAUAUUUUGUGGAUGUUUCAUGUAUUUUAUAUUUGUUCAACUAUCUGCAUUGUUUCUUACUGUUAAUAAAACAGAGCCAUUCA